CUAUAUGAUAAUAUCUAUUAUCUAAUGUCUAUUGCGUAUUCAUAAUAAACAAUGCCAUUAUGAAUUUAACAAGAAUUAUGCAUAAUCAGUUUUGUUAUAUGAGUUUUUAGGGAGCUUAUCUGUGACGGGAAAUAAUAUUCAAUAAACGUUGUACAAGAUAUUAAGUUUAACACGACAAAGUUAUUCUAAUAGUUACUUCAUUCUAAUGUGGAUGACCUUAAUAUUUAAAAAAAAUCCCCUUGUGUGUAUUAGUAUUGUGCAGUGCUUUGUGCUUGUUUAAACAAUUUUAGAUUACAUUUGAAAUUUAAAUAUAAAUAUAUUAAUUUGCUACAUUAAAAGAUUUUUUAUCAACUAGAAUAUGUUACAAUGCUGAAAUUUUAAAUGAUUUCGGGACGAAAUGUAUUUUAUUGACAGUUUCGUAUCAUAAAACUAUUGUUAGUAUUUGAAUUAAAUUUAUUGUUAAGUAACAGCCAUGCAAUCAGAAGAUGAAAUUCAACCGUUGAUUGAAUACAGCUCAUUGCCUAAUUUAACGUUUUUUGAUGAGUUCUAUUCACAAAGCAUAAAAGCAGAUGUUGAUUCGGAAGAGGUUGCAUACGGUUAUUGCCGAUCAAGAUGGCGUUCUGUAUUGGUUUACACACUGUCAACAUUAACAUGCGGCAUACCGUUCCUGGUGUUUCAUUGGUAUCCGACGUGGCUGUUGUAUGCUACCUCACGUAGAUGCAGCUUCCAAGUAGCAGAUAAGGUUUUAGUUGAAGAAACAUAUCAAAAGAAGUGUAAAAGUUACUAUAUUCAUAGGAUUUAUGAUAAAAAUAUCGCUGAUUCAAGUGGUCUCCUAAAUGAAGGUUUUGAUGAAGGGUUUGACGAUGAGAAGGUUAUUAACAGCGCAGACGAUCUUCACACACCCAUACACUUAGAGGAUGGGACAAAAUUGAAUGUACAACAGUACCGUCAGUUCCGCCACAAGAAACAGCAGUUAGUAUGGGACUGUGUUCGGGCGAGGUGGUCGAAGGUUGCAGGCUUAGAGCGAGGAGCGAGUUGUAUCAAUGUACACACCUUGGCCUCCCGCCCCCCCUGCGCCGAGAGGAGGAUGAGAAUGUUAAAUAUCUAUGGUCUGAAUGAGAUCAAAGUACCUGUCCAGUCAAUAUUGACCUUGAUCCUUUUAGAAGUCUUCAAUCCAUUUUAUGUGUUCCAACUAUUCACUAUAGCUGUGUGGCUGGCUGAGCCCUACUACUAUUACUGCGUCGCUGUAGUACUUAUGUCUACAUUUGGUGUUGCCACUUCCGUUAUACAAACCAAAAAGAAUCAAGAAACACUCCGUGAUACUGUAGAAGCUCGUGCCACUGUUCAGCUAUGGGGUGGUAGGAUAGUUGAUAGUCGAGCAUUAUGUCCUGGAGACGUACUGGUCUUACCAGCGAAUGGUACCACCAUGAUGUGUGACGCCGCUCUGCUUACUGGACAGGCGAUCGUCAAUGAAAGUAUGCUGACCGGAGAAUCGGUUCCAGUGACGAAGUUAGCGUUACAGCGUAUUGACAAAGAUUUUGACAUGAAGGAACAUAGCUCCAGCGUGUUAUUUUGCGGCACUGAAAUAUUACAGACGAGAUACUACAACAACGAACCAGUCAAGGCUGUGGUGCUCCGUACUGGGUACAGCACCACGAAGGGUGAGCUAGUUCGGAGCAUUCUAUACCCAGCCCCAGCAGAUUUCAAAUUUGAUAGAGAUUCCUAUAAGUUCAUAUUUAUCCUGACUGUCAUAGCUAUUUUGGGCCUAGGGUACACUGUUGCUUUAAAGGCCUACCGAGCUCUCACCGUGGGAGAUAUAAUCCUGAAAGCUCUAGACAUCAUAACAAUAGUUGUUCCGCCCGCGCUUCCGGCCGCCAUGACAGUUGGCAGGCUGUAUGCUGUUGGUCGACUCAAAAAAGCGGAGAUCUCAUGUCUCAACACACGAGCUGUUAAUGUCAGCGGAUCGUUGGACUGCAUGUGUUUCGAUAAGACAGGAACUCUAACGGAGGACGGUCUGGAUAUGUGGGGGGUUGUCACAACCAACACGUCUCUCUCCCCCCCAAUGCUAGCAAGACCCAUGAGAGAUCCGAGAUCACUGAACGACUUACACGAAUUGAAAAUAGGCAUGGCUUCAUGUCACAGUCUAACGUUACUGAAUGGAAAUCUGGCUGGCGAUCCUCUGGAUUUGAAGAUGUUUGAGUCAACUGGCUGGAGCCUGGAGGAACCGGAAGUGGCUGAGACGAAUAAAUUUGACGUACUCACACCUACAGUUGUCAGGCCAAAAGGAUCUGCUAAUAUACACGUUGAUGAUUUACACAUGCCGCUGGAAGUUGGAAUCGUCCACCAAUAUCAAUUCGUGUCAGCGCUGCAGCGCUCAUCAGUGGCUGUCAAGCUUCUGGGUGAAGACGUCGUACGUCUGUACUGCAAGGGGGCACCGGAAAUGAUACGGACGCUGUGUCGCCCGGAAACUGUUCCAGCUGACCUGGAAUCUGUGUUGUCAUCAUACGCGGAGAAAGGGUACAGAGUUAUAGCACUUGCCAGCAGAGUAUUGAGGACACCACCCUUACAGUUAAUAAGGAUUGAGAGGGAGGAGGUUGAAUGUGAAUUAGAGUUUCUUGGUCUGGUUAUAAUGGAGAAUCGUUUGAAGCCCGCUACUACUGGUAUUAUAAGGGAACUGAAAGAUGCAAACAUACACGUUGUUAUGAUUACAGGUGACAACAUACACACAGCCAUAAGUGUGGCCAAGGAAUGUGGUAUUCUGGCCAGCGGUGAGCGUGUGGUCACCAUGAGCUUGGAUGGCGGGCGGGUGUACUGCGAUAACACAUUACAUGGUGUAGCCGUCGGUCGUAGGGUGACCUUGGACAAAAUUUGGGACAAUCUCGACAGUGGGUGUGGCUCGAGCACACAAACAAACACACACACGAGCACACAGGAUCUGGAGAUGUCAUCACAAGAACCGACAUACAAGAUUGUAAUGACAGGAGACACUUGGAAGUCUGUCCGUGGUCUGUCCUGGUCCGUGUGGGCUCGUGUCCUGGUCCGUGGUGCUGUGUUCGCUCGUGUCUCGCCAGACCUCAAACAACAGCUGGUGCUUGAUUAUCGUGCGCUUGGUUAUUACGUCGGUAUGUGCGGCGAUGGUUCGAACGACGUGGGCGCUCUCCGCGCCGCCCACGUGGGCGUCUCCCUGUCCCGCGAGUGUAGCGUCGCCUCGCCGUUCAGCAGCGCUCGGCCGGAUAUAGCGUGUGUCGCUCGCCUGCUGAAGGAAGGCCGCGCGGCGCUGUCCACUAGCUUCGGUAUAUUUAAGUUCAUGAUAGCGUAUUCUCUCACCGAAUUCUUCUCGGUGGCCUUCCUGUACUAUUAUGACUCCAACCUAACUGACUUCCAGUUCCUGUAUAUAGAUGUCGCUUUAAUAGUUAACUUCGCGUUCUUCUUCGGCAUGACCGAGGCUUACACCGGCGAGCUGUGCAAGCUGCCGCCUCUGACGUCACUUCUCGGUAUCGUCCCUCUGUCGUCUCUGGUCGGUCAGCUAGCACUGAUAGCCGUCGCUCAAUACUUGAGUUUCCUAGGCCUGACGUACUUCCCGUGGUACGUGCGCCAUACCUAUGAAGGCGCUGAGGCCAACGAGUGUUGGGAAAACUACGCAAUUUUCACUGUAUCUAUGUUCCAAUAUAUAACAAUGGCGGUCGUGUUCAGUCACGGCUCCCCGUACAGGAGGUCGGUGAUAACGAACACCAAGCUCAUGAUAAGUGUUUUAGUGAUGACCUCCCUCUGUGUAUACGUAACCCUCUCACCAGCGGAGUGGUUAGCCAAAUUUCUCCAACUCAGAAUGCCCAAGGACGUUUUAAUGUCAUACAUAGUCCUGGCUCUCGCGUCGUUCAAUUUCGUGAUAGCGUUGUUCUUCGAGAGGAUCGUCAUACAGCAUUUUAUGGAGAAUAUGAGGAAGAUACCGACGUUCAUUAAGGAGAGGCAGGUGAUGAAAACUCCUCACCUGAUGAUGAAGCGACAGCUGAGUGACAUGGACUACCUCACGUGCGAGAGUAUUUUGAAAUUUGAUUCCGAGACCAAGGAAUCUAUAUUCGACUCGGAUUCCUGACGGAUUAUUGAGUUAUUAGAUUAAAAGAAAUCGGUUAUUCCUCUUAGUUAUAAAAAAAAUAUCUUAUGCUUAGUGAUAUGUUUUUUAUGCAAUGACCAAAUAACUUAAAAAAAUUAAAAUCUUAACGUAUUAUGGUUUCAGUACUGACAUUAAUUUUAUGUAUGCUUUUUGACAUAUUCUUUUAAACCCUAACCAAUUUGAUAUUUUAAUCUAUAUCUCUCAUUAAGGUUUGUUUGAUUGUGACAGAAAUAAAAUAUUAUAUAAUAGUUACUAGGCAUUAGUGUGAGUUGUCACCGUUAACUUAAAAGCUUACAGUAACAAAGUUACGUACUUAUAAGUUGGUGAUGCAGACUCGGAUUAAGGAAACGAUUAGCUUUAACGUUUAUGACUAUUUAAGAAUGAAUAUAAAAAUAAAUUACAGAGUAUUCAUAAUGGCUGGAAAAAUUAUAUACAAAAGAGAUUUAUAUACAAAUAGAUUUUAUUUAAACAGUAUUUAAAUCAUACAUUAUUAAUAUAUAUUUGUGUUAUAAAAAUAGUGUUUGAAAAAUCACGAUUAAAUCGUAUUGCUUAAAAAAAACAAUAUUCUUAUAAUGAAGGAUUAAUAUUUUUGACAAAUGCAAUCCAUAGACAAUAUUGCUCUUUCUCUUUCAUAGAGGAAACUAUUUGGAGUCGAAUUAUAUUUGUCUAUGAAUAUCUGAGAAUUAUCUGGUAAUAAGUCACGGUGAUAAUGUAAGGAGUAAUUGGUGCCGAGGUUAUAUCCGACCUGAGGUAGAGAAUGAUGGUUUACAGACAUCGGACCGUGGUUAGGAGAAUAGCAUUCGGUCAAUUAUCCUAUUAUUAAUACAUAUUAAAAAAGUUAGGAAAAUUAUAAUUAUAAUAUUAUAAAAAAAGUAUAUAGAUAUAUAUACUUUAAAAAAAAAAGUUUAUAUAUAUGUAAAUUUUUUAUUUAAGAUAAAUUCAUAAGCAUUUAGUGUUAUUUUAAUAUUAUGAACUACCUACAAUAAAUAUAAGGUUAUUAUUGUAUCUGACAUAGUUUUGUGAUUCUGUUAGUGAGCAAUGUAUUUUCAUGUGAUAAUAUAAGAUCAUAAGCCAUACAUAAUCAUUUAAGUUACGAUACGCUGUCUAUUAUUCUGUCAAGAAAAAAAUGCCUAAUAACUUAAAUCGUUAUAAUCGUAUCUCCCUGUGUUAUUGAAUUUAUAUUGACCGACUUCAAAAGCGGAUGGUUAUGCUUAUGAAGUUUUUUUUUUAAAUAUUCGUUCAAUGUGCGACAUUAUUGUCAUUCAAGUUUAAAUAAAAUUAACGUUAAUAUAAUAAAUUACUUAACUGUUAAGCUCAUUGUGAUUUAAGUGCCUUAUAAACCAGACAUUCCGUUUUAGUGCCGUUACAAAAUAUAAAUGGUGCGAGAUUUUAACAAAGUAUUUUAAUGUUUAUAGAGAUAUUGUUAAAAUUGAAAAUAAACUCUUGUUAUUUUUACAAA